AUGACCGUCACAAUUCGGCCGUGGUGGAAGGAUAGUGUGGUCUAUCAGAUCUAUCCUGCUUCGUAUCUAGAUACGAACGGUGAUGGUGUUGGCGACAUACCAGGGAUCACGUCCUCUCUUGACUACAUUCAGUCCAUCGGUGUCGAUGUUAUUUGGGUGUGUCCCAUGUACGAUAGUCCACAAAUCGACAUGGGUUACGACAUUUCCGACUACAAAGCAGUCUAUCCUCCGUAUGGGACCAUCCAAGAUAUGCAGAAACUCAUCGCAGAGACACACAGGCGAGGGAUGCGGAUAAUAUUGGACCUUGUUGUCAACCACACUUCACACCAGCACCAGUGGUUCCAGGAGUCACGAUCGUCGAAAGACAACCCGAAACGAGACUGGUAUAUCUGGAAGCCUGCAAAGUACGAUGCACAAGGACAUCGCAAACCACCAAAUAACUGGCGAUCAAAUUUCGGCGGCAGCACGUGGACAUGGGACGAGCUCACACAGGAGUAUUACCUUCAUCUAUUCUGCCCUGAACAGCCUGAUCUCAACUGGGACAAUUUGGAAACAAGGAAAGCAAUUUACGAGGAUGCCAUGAUAUACUGGCUGGAUAUGGGCGUCGACGGCUUCCGGGUCGAUACUGUAAACAUGUACAGCAAGGAUCCAAGCUUUCCAGACGCCCCUAUAACGGAUCCUAAUGCUGAGGAGCAGGAUGCUGGCUUAGUGUAUUGUAACGGGCCGAAGAUGAAGGAGAUAUUGUCAGAGAUGAACGCCAUUCUCUCGAGAUACGACGCAUUCACAGUUGGCGAGUGUCCUAACACUCCCGAUAUUUCGACUGUCGUGGACUACGUUGGUGCCAGCGCAAAGCGGCUCAACAUGGUGUUCCAGUUCGAGGUGGUCGAUCUAGGUCAAGGCAAGGUGUUUAAAUACAAAUCCAAACCGUUCAACUUCCAACUGCCAGAGCUCAAGGAGGCGAUCGACAUGACACAGUCAUUUCUCACGCAUACUGAUGGAUGGACCACAUCGUUCGUUGAGAACCACGAUCAAGCUCGAUCUGUAUCGCGAUUCGGCGACGACAGCCCUCGAUGGCGUGAACGAUCAGCCAAGAUGCUCGCACUCCUCUUCGGCUCUCUAUCUGGAACUUUGUUCAUCUACCAAGGUCAAGAGAUUGGCAUGAUCAAUAUGCCGAAAGAGUGGUCGAUCGAUGAAUACAAGGAUGUUGACUCCAUCAACUACUAUCGAAUGGUCGAUCGGUGCAGCAAGAAUGAUGCCAUGGAGCUCGCGGAAGCACAAGCCUCUUUACAGCAUUAUGCUCGAGACCAUGCUCGUACGCCCAUGCAAUGGUCGACUGGCUUCAAUGGUGGCUUUACUGCAGACGACACUCCGCCAUGGAUGCGGGUCAACACUUCGACCGAGUAUAUCAACGUACAAGAUCAGCUGAAACGCAAGGACUCUCCACUCGCAUUCUGGCGACGAGUGCUGUCGAUGCGAAAGCAGUACAACGAAUCAUUCGUCCAUGGCAACUUUGAGCUGCUCGAUGCCUCCAACCCGAAUGUCUUUUCAUUCGUGAAGCGAAGAGGCAAUAGAGUAGCCGUUGUGGUCUGCAAUUGCUCUGGUAGCGAGAACAAAUUGCCAUAUUUCAACGGGCUGGACAACUCGAAGAUCGUGCUUGGCAAUGUAGAUAAGCCAGCCGUGACAACCUUGCAGCCGUGGGAAGGCAGAGCAUAUGUUCUAUCAUAUUAG